UAGAUAGAUAGGAAUUUAUUUUGAGGAAAUGGUUCAUACAAUUUUGGAGGCAGAGAAUUCCCACCAUAUGCUCUCUCCAAGCUGGAGACCCAGGAAAGCCGGUGAUAUAAUUCCAAUCUGAAGACAAUCUAAAGACCUGAGAACCAGGGGAACAAUUGAUGUAGAUCCCAGUGAAAGAGCAGAAGGCCCAUGUCCCAGCUCAGUAGACAGGCAGGAAAAAAAAGGGGCAAAUUCCUCCCUCCUCUGUCUUUUGUUCUAUUCAGGCCCUCAGUGGAUUGGAUGAGGUCCACCCACAUAGGGGUGGGCCAUCUACUUUACUAAAUCCACCCAUUCAAAGGCUAAUCUCACAGACACAUCCAGGAAUAACGUUUAACCUGGGCACCAUAUGCCCAGUCAAGUUGACACAUAAAACUGUCACAAUGUUGUUGUUGAAUGUAGCUGUAAUUUUCAUUUUCACUCCCCUAUGAUAUUUUAUGUUAUGAGUAUUUGAUAAAUUUAUCUAUGCAUUUAAAUAGUGAAGGACAUUUUGAGUAUUUGUCUCUCUCUCUGUCAGAUUUAAACAGUGCUAUUGUGGACAUUCCUGAGAGUUGUCGUACAGUAUAUACAAGUAAGGAACUAUAUCUUCAGCUUUACUAUAUAAAGUCAUAUAAUGCCAAAUUCUUUUCCAAAGUGGUUGUAUUAACUUACAUUCCCCCUCAGAAUAUGUUAAUUAUUCUAUUUCUUUCACAUCGUCAGACUAUUGUCAGGCUAAUUUUUGUCAAUCUGUUAGGUGUAAAAUGAUAGCUAGCAAGCAGAUGGGGACCUCAGUCCUACAACUAGAAGGAACCAAAUUCUGCCACAACCAUGUCAGCUUCCAAGAGAACCCUGUGCUAUAGAAUGAAACACAACCUGGCAGACACCUUGACUGCACUUUGUGAGACUCUGAGCAGAGGACCCAGCAAAGCUAUGCCUGCAUCCUGACCCACGGAAACUGAGAAUAAAUUACCUACAUUUUACUCAGUGAUUCUCAAAAUUUAGUGUGCAUAAGAAAAUUCCCUGGGAAUGUUUACUGAAGUGCUUAUUGCAAGACACUACCCAAGAGAUUUCAAAUCAGUACCUCUGAGUGGAACCUAUUUGCCUGCACAAGUUGGAAAAACACUGAAACUCAAAGGAAGGAACCUCAGAUGGAGCCAUUCAGUUCUAUCUGGAGAUGAGUGGAAGAGAUUGUCAGGAGUGAACAUUUUUCUGGCUGUCAUCAAGUAACAUCAGAGUAAUUGGGCUGUGUAUGUUUAUUUGUGGCUUAUAAGACUAUUUAUACCCAGAAGAGCACAUUUGUACCUAGUAUUUGUAUGAGGUUAUAUGUGAGGUAUCUUAAGGGAUUUAGACUAUAUUGUGUGUUCUCCUUGCUGUCUCUGAGUACUUGCUUGUGUUCUCUGAAUUUGGGAGGGAAGUAAGGAAGGUAGAAAUGGGGACAAGGGGGAGGAGCGGCAAUGGAGGGCCUAUGGCAUUGUCUCUGAGAAGGAGAGACACUCAAGCAUUGUGCUGGCGAAUAUGCUUAUUUCUUCAUCUGGCAAUGGUUGGUUAGCUAUCAAUGAACCAGAGCAGAAGACCAGAACUGAAAGCAUGACACCCACCCAAAAAACAGUUUGGGUUUUCUCCAAAACCAUUUUCCUUCUGUAUGUGGAGGCAAUGAGCUGAACAGAGAAUAUAAGUAGACUUCAAGAAGCCCCCUCCACACUCUAGAGCCUGACAUGGCCACUCCGGAGCCUCUUGCCUCUGCCAGUGCUCAGAGCUACCUUCAGUCUCAUGGGCGGCUUUGAGGGUCAUCUGUACCCAGGACUGUCUCUCCUCUUCUAUGGACUUUAUCACGCACGACUCGUCUCCAGGGCCUUGAUAUGCAACUACCUCCAGUAUCUGCCACGCCGUCCCUGGAGCAAAGGAAGAUGGGCGAGGCUGCAGCAAAUAUACUAUGUGGGACUGGCGAAGAUAUUGAGCCCCUUCAUUUUAGUAGCCCAAGAACUGCAUAACAUUCAAGGGCAGUUUGCACUGAUCAGCAAGAUAUAUCACCAGAGAAACUUUUUGCACCACAAACAGUGGCAGCACCUCACUCUCUACACGACCUUCUUCCUGAGUGGGUGUGUAGAUGUGGUGAGCCAGAACCUGCUGCCCCAGCGGUCUCCUGCCCUGGAACAAGGCGCCCAAGGCCUGGGCAUGUUUCUGAUUCUGCCCCUGAUGGUGUCUCACUUGCAGGACUCAGAAGGGGUGGAGCUGCAGUGUCACGUCCUGCUCAUCCAGGCCUUGUUCCUGCUGCUGCUGGUGGUGAUCGCUGAGCUGUGGGCUCCCAACGUGCGGCGGCUCUGGGUGAUGAAGGCCUUUUUAUAUAUGAUUACAGGCUCCUGGCUGAUCCAGAUAGGCUUUAUACUGUACAAACCAAUCUCUGGCCAUAAAUGGAUGGAUGGUGACAAAAAUGAUAUUUUAUUUGUCACCGUCUUCUUCUGCUGGCAUGUGGCUUCCGUUGCCAUUUUGAUCAUCUGGAUCUACGGCAUCUCCUUUUUGUGGUAUUGUUACAUUUGAUGAUUUCUGAACCAGGUGAGCCCAGAAGGGUUUCUCUCAGCUGCACAUUCUGGAACAUCUUGAGGAGAAGUUGUGGGAAGAGGGACUGUCAGAGAGGGAGACCAAGUGUCUAUCCUUCAGAGGUGCCACCGAGGCAGCUCACUCCGCUGGGAGGGGCAUACAGCUCUCUCCUCUUUUGGCUUCUUUCAGUCUCGUUUGCUAAGCAGUGAGCAGAGAAAAGGCAAAUGAACCCAGGAGGCAAGUUACUAUGUCCUUCACUUUCAGCUCCCCAAG